AGGCGUGAAAGGGUCGAUCGUCUUCACAGCAUCCGUGGCCUCUUACCGUCCCGAUAAACAGCGCAUCCCCUCCGCCCCCUACGGCGCCUCCAAAGCCGGCAUCCGCAACAUGACGCACACGCUCGCCAUGGAGUGGGCGCCGCACCACAUGCGCGUCAACUCGGUGUCCCCGGGCUUGGUCAACACGGCCAUGAACCUACUGGGUGCCGCCGCAGCAGCCGGAGUGGGCGCAGCAGCUGGAGUACUACGGGGGUAUGCCGCGGCUGGCGGAGGUGGAGGAGCUCGGGGGUGCGUAUGUGUAUUUGCUGAGUGACGCCGCGAGCUAUACCACGAGUGUGGAUAUUGCGGUCAAUGGGGUUGUGGGGAUUUGUUAGGUGGG